GUGUAAUUGGCCAUGCCUGUGCGGCAUCAAUCCAAUCACUUUGCUGGCGAGACAGCGACUGAAUAGCUCACAUAACAUGUAUCUAUGUACUUUCGAAAUCACUUGUGAAAUAUCAAAACAACGUUUGGUCUACGAUUGGGUUGGAUUUAAUUAUUCGGGGAUUUAAACCCAGCCUGCAACGUCUGAGUCAUAAGGGGCCAAUCUAUGCCAAGGGUUGACCGCGUGCCUUCAUUGUUGAGAGUGUUCAUGGUCCAAGAGUGGUUUCGUGUUGAAUUUCCUUUCCUAUUUCGAUACAAAGACAACUUUUGCGAUGGAUGUUGUGGUCCAGUCAUUGGGCGCAGUUGUUGCCUUAAUCGCUACUGGUUUGCGCUCUUUCAGCGACUUGUUUUUGACGCAGCCAUCGAGGGCCACCCUCAAACAUUUAGAGGAGACUGACCUCAAACCAUUGACAGGAGAGCGUGAGCCUUUGAAGGCCAAACGUUUAUGGGAGAAGUCUGGAGCAGUUGUCAUGGUAGUAAGGCGGCCUGGAUGAUUUUUGUGCAGAGAGGAGGCCGCUGAGCUGUCCUCUCUGAAGCCCCAGCUGGAGGAGCUUGGGGUCCCUCUGUAUGCCGUAGUGAAGGAGGACAUCGGCACAGAGAUCCAGAACUUCAGACCCUACUUCAAUGGGGAGAUUUUUGUGGAUGAAAAGAGAUGUUUCUAUGGACCCCGCGAGCGUAAGAUGGGUUUGUUGGCGUUCCUCCGUCUGGGCGUGUGGAUGAAUGGUCUGCGAGCCUUCAAGAACGGCUUCUUAGGAAAUGUGUUUGGAGAAGGCUUUGUGCUGGGUGGGGUGUUCGUCAUUGGAGCAGGGCAGCAGGGUGUACUGCUGGAGCACAGGGAAAUGGAGUUCGGGGAUAAGGUCAACAUUCUGGAAGUCCUGAAAGCUGCCAGAAAAGUACAAACUGAACUUGUGUCUUUGGAGAAGAAGUAAUGUGCCUUUUGAUAGAAACUGAAACAAAUUCCACCCAACUUAGGAGGUAGAAAGGGUGCCAUGUUCUCUCUGGGAUCUGCAGGGGUGUGUCCUGCUGAUGUGUAGGUGCUGUGUUGGGCUGUCGGAGUGUGUUUAUGAUGGUCUGUGUCUAAACUCUGUGGAGGGACCAGACUUGAUGCUUUACACUCAAGUCUCCCCAUUUGAUCGACACACGGCAGACGGGCUACCUGAGGACCUGAAAGACCUGUUUGACAAUAAAGAUCUCGUUAUGCAUCA